AUGGAUUUAGAUUUGGGUCUAGCCAGAUUAAUGGAUAGACUCAGUCUAAAAGUUGAUAAUUUGAAAGAUGAGAAAGAGGAGUUGCGUGCCCAGGUGGAGGCACAACACCUGGUGAUAGCUGGCCAGCGCCAGCGGAUACACGUUCUGAGGGAAAUGUCCCGGCACCUCCUGUUUCGAGUUGAAAUGCUCGAACAUUGGGCGGUACAGACCGCAAUUGGAAAUUUUAACCGGGUGUUUCCGCCAGUUGAUGAAGAGCUGAUACUUCAGCAUCAGCAUAUGGAGGUGGAUCCUCCUCAACAACAACAGCAACAGGCUGAGAAUCCUGUUGAUGAGGAAAUGAAUGACGAUACGAGCAGUGAAGAGGAAUGA